AUGUUUCCGACGAAUCCGACCGGAGCGAUUUGGGGUCUCGUCGGCACGGCGAUGCCAAACUUUGUGUUCUUAUGGACUCUCUACAAACAGUUCAUGCCUUCCGAAAUCCGAGACUACACGGAGAAGUAUUUUUACAAGAUGAUUGGUUCAGUCUCGAAUACUGUUCACAUCAGAUUCACUGAACACACAGGAAAAGGUCUCAAGAGAAGCCAAGCCUACGAUGCCAUACGCAACUUCUUAUCCUCGAAAUCAAUGGCUCGUGCUCAGAGAUUAACAGCCAACGAAUCUAAAAACAGCAAAUCAGUGGUUCUUAGUUUGGACGAUCACGAGGAAGUUGAAGAUUCGUUCAAUGGUGUGAAGGUGAAGUGGUCUUCGAAUGUGAAGGACGAGAGAAGGUACUUGACUCUGAGUUUCCAGAAUCGGCAUCGAGAGAUGGUCACAAAGACUUAUCUUGAUCAUGUUUUGAAAGAAGGGAAAGAGAUUGGGCUGAGGAACAAAGAGAGGAAGCUUUUCACUAAUAACUCGAGCCAAGACUAUUCUUCUUGGAAGGAAGGAAGAUGGGGCAAUGUUCCUUUUGAUCACCCUGCAACGUUCGAGACUUCGGCUAUGGAUCCUGAGAAGAAAGAAGGGAUCAAGAAGGAGUUGAUUAGGUUUAGUAAAGCGAGAGAUUACUAUAGGAAAGUUGGGAAGCCGUGGAAGAGGGGUUAUCUCUUGUUUGGACCGCCCGGGACAGGAAAAUCUACAAUGAUUGCUGCGAUGGCUAACUUCUUGGACUAUGAUGUGUACGAUCUUGAAUUGACGACUGUGGAGGAUAACUCGGAGUUGAAGAAACUUAUGUUGGACAUAACAGGGAAGUCUAUUUUUGUGAUUGAAGAUAUUGAUUGUUCGCUUGACUUGACGGGACAGAGAAAGAAGAAAAAGGAAGAAGAUGAGGAAGAUGAAGAGGAUGAAGAGGAGAAGGAGUUAACCGGAGAAGGAAGUAAGAGAGAGAGUAAGGUUACUUUGUCAGGGUUAUUAAACGCCAUUGAUGGGUUAUGGUCAGCUUCUAAUGGUGCGAAGAUCAUAGUGUUCACAACGAAUUUUGUGGAUAAGCUUGAUCUGGCAUUGAUACACAGAGGGCGAAUGGACAACCACAUUGAGAUGUCGUAUUGCAGGUUUGAAGCGUUUAAGGUUUUGGCUAAGAACUACUUGGAGAUCGAGUCACAUGAUCUGUAUGGAGAAAUCGAAAGACUGGUGGAGGAAACCGACAUGUCUCCGGCUGAUGUUGCUGAGAAUCUGUUGCAAAUCUGA